GCAGCCGACUCGCGCCGCGCACGGCUCUCUCCGUUGUCCCCGUCGCCUGCGCUGCUGCACCAUGAGCGCCUCGAGGCAGGUGGUGAACUUCGGGCCCGGGCCUGCCAAGUUGCCGCGCUCGGUAUUGUUAGAGAUACAGAAAGAACUAUUAGACUACAAAGGAAUUGGAAUUAGUGUUCUUGAAAUGAGCCACAGGUCAUCAGAUUUUGCCAAGAUUAUUAACAACACAGAGAAUCUUGUGCGGGAAUUGUUAGCCGUUCCAGACAACUACAAGGUGAUUUUUGUGCAAGGAGGUGGGUCGGGCCAGUUCAGUGCUGUCCCCUUAAACCUGAUUGGCUGGAAAGCAGGAAGGUGUGCCGACUAUGUGGUGACAGGAUCUUGGUCAGCUAAGGCUGCGGAAGAAGCCAAGAAGUUUGGGACUGUGAAUAUCGUCCACCCCAAACUUGGGAGUUACACGAAAAUUCCAGAUCCAAGCACCUGGAACCUCAGCCCGGACGCUUCCUAUGUGUAUUACUGCGCCAACGAGACCGUGCACGGAGUGGAGUUUGACUUCAUCCCUGACGUCAAGGGAGCCGUGCUGGUUUGCGACAUGUCCUCAAACUUCCUAUCCAAGCCGGUGGAUGUUUCCAAGUUUGGUGUGAUUUUUGCUGGUGCGCAGAAGAACGUGGGCUCUGCUGGGGUCACGGUAGUGAUCAUCCGCGAUGACCUGCUGGGGUUCGCGCUCCAAGAGUGCCCCUCGAUCCUGGAAUACAAAGUACAGGCUGGAAACAGCUCAUUGUACAACACGCCUCCAUGCUUCAGCAUCUAUGUCAUGGGCUUGGUCCUGGAGUGGAUUAAGAACAAUGGCGGUGCAGCAACCAUGGAGAAGCUCAGCACCAUCAAAUCGCAGAUGAUUUAUGACAUUAUUGAUAAUUCUCAAGGAUUCUACGUAUGUCCAGUGGAGCCCAAGAACAGAAGCAAGAUGAAUAUUCCGUUCCGCAUUGGCAAUGCCAAAGGAGACGAUGCUUUAGAAAAAAGGUUUCUUGAUAAAGCUCUUGAACUCAAUAUGAUCUCCUUGAAAGGGCAUAGGUCUGUGGGAGGCAUCCGGGCCUCUCUGUAUAAUGCCGUCACGAUUGAGGAUGUUCAGAAGCUGGCGGCCUUCAUGAAGAACUUUCUGGAGAUGCAUCAGCUAUGAACACAUCUUAACCAGUGUAUACUCUGUCCUUGAACAGUGUAUAACAUUUAAAGUAACUUGGGAAUGACGACAGAAACUUAGUGAACACGGUAUUUUUCUCAAGGGAACGUGCUUAUUAUAGAUGUCAUUUUUUCAAAGAACAACAACAAAACAUCCACAGUUCUGCAGAGCUGGUGGGACUUAAAGGCGCCCCCACCUUAAUUCUGACUUGAACUGGAAGUUUUUUUUUUUUUAAAUCUUCCUUUAGCUUUUCUAGCGAAUUCCGGCUAACUUUGUCUUUGCUGCUACUUUUUCUGAGUAUUCAAACUUGCCUGUGGACUUAAUUAUGCAAAUUGAAGUUGCUUAUUUCUGGAGACACACAAAGACAGCAUGGAGGCUGGGUGGGGACCUCUGGGUGCUGAAUCUUGAUCCUUUCCACAAUGACAGCAUUGGGGU